AUGAGCGGACGUGGAGGACCAAGAGAAGGAGGACGUGGAAGAUCAUCUGAGCGUGGCAGCUUUGGAGGACGUGGAGGAAGAGGUGGCUUUUCCCGUGAAGGAGGUCGUGGAGGUUUUGGUGGAGCACGAGGAGGCCGUGGAGGAUCCUCCGAAAGAGGUUCCUUUGGUGGCCGAGGCGGAAGAGGAGGAGCACGAGGUGGACGCGGAGGAGUAGGAAUGAAGAAAGGAGGAACGACUAUUCGUGAGCAUGCACGGUUCCCUGGUAUUUUCAUUGCUUCUGGCAAAGAGGAGCAAUUAUUAACGAUCAAUAGAACCCCUGGUGAGUCUGUUUAUGGAGAGAAGCGUAUAGUAAAAGAGAACAAUGAAGGAGUUAAAGUUGAAUAUCGUGUAUGGAAUCCAUAUAGAAGUAAGUUAGGGUGUACCAUCUUGAAAGGGUGUAAAAACAUGAAGAUCUGUCCGGGUGCCAAAGUGUUGUAUUUAAGUGCUGCAUCAGGAACUACUGUCUCUCAUGUCUCUGAUAUCGUUGGUGACAAUGGAACAGUCUACGCCGUCGAAUUCUCUUAUCGCCCAGGAAGAGAUUUGAUUA